AUGGCUAGACAAAGAAGAUCCGCUCCAGUUAGAACGCAAUCCAGAUCUGCCCACACAGCUGCUGCUCCUGUGGCCCCUCCACAACAACAUCCAACUGCGAUUUCUCAACCUGUUCAAACGCAGCAGGGCCCAGGCUUGUUCGGCCAGAUGGCAUCUACUGCCGCCGGUGUUGCCGUCGGUUCCACUAUCGGCCACACCCUUGGUGCUGGUAUCACUUCGAUGUUCGGAGGCUCUUCUGCUCCUGCUGAAGCCCCUCAACAAGCUGCCCAACAAAACUACCAAGAACAAGCCAGAACUUGUGACGCCGAUGCCAGAACCUUCACCAGAUGUUUGGAGGAGAACAACGGUAACAUGCAAGUUUGUGACUUCUACUUGCAACAGUUGAAGGCAUGCCAGGAGGCCUCGCGUCGUUAUUAA